GAUGGGGAUUUCUCUGAAGACAACCGCAAUAAGUGUCGCGUUGCCACUGCACCCUUGAUCGAAGCUGUGGAGAACUUGACGGCAUUCGCAUCAAAUCCUGAGUUUGUGAGCAUUCCUGCCCAGAUCAGCUCCGAGGGUUCUCAGGCACAAGAACCAAUCCUGGUCUCAGCCAAGACCAUGCUGGAGAGUUCAUCAUACCUCAUUCGCACUGCACGCUCUCUGGCCAUCAACCCCAAAGACCCGCCUACCUGGUCUGUGCUGGCUGGGCAUUCGCAUACUGUGUCCGACUCCAUCAAGAGUCUCAUCACGUCUAUCAGGGACAAGGCCCCUGGACAGAGGGAGUGUGACUACUCCAUUGAUGGCAUCAACCGGUGUAUCCGGGACAUUGAGCAGGCCUCACUGGCUGCCGUCAGCCAGAGCCUGGCCACGAGGGACGACAUCUCGGUGGAGGCCCUGCAGGAGCAGCUGACGUCAGUGGUCCAGGAAAUCGGGCACCUUAUUGAUCCCAUCGCCACAGCGGCUCGGGGAGAGGCAGCCCAGCUGGGACAUAAGGUGACACAGCUGGCGAGCUACUUUGAGCCCUUGAUCUUAGCCGCAGUUGGUGUGGCCUCCAAGAUUCUCGACCAUCAACAGCAAAUGACGGUGCUGGACCAGACCAAGACACUCGCAGAGUCUGCCUUGCAGAUGCUGUAUGCAGCCAAAGAAGGUGGCGGAAACCCCAAGGCACAGCACACCCACGACGCCAUCACCGAGGCCGCCCAGCUGAUGAAAGAAGCCGUGGAUGACAUCAUGGUGACGCUGAACGAAGCAGCCAGUGAAGUGGGGCUGGUGGGGGGCAUGGUGGACGCCAUCGCAGAGGCCAUGGGCAAGUUGGAUGAAGGCACUCCUCCAGAACCAAAGGGAACAUUUGUCGACUACCAGACGACUGUGGUUAAAUACUCCAAAGCCAUUGCGGUAACAGCUCAGGAAAUGAUGACUAAGUCGGUUACUAACCCGGAGGAGCUGGGAGGACUGGCUUCACAAAUGACCAGUGACUAUGGGCACCUGGCUCUCCAGGGCCAGAUGGCAGCAGCCACGGCGGAACCAGAGGAGAUCGGGUUCCAGAUUCGCACUCGUGUGCAGGACCUGGGCCACGGCUGUAUCUUCCUGGUGCAGAAAGCGGGGGCCCUCCAGGUGUGCCCCACAGACAGCUACACCAAGAGGGAGCUGAUCGAGUGUGCCCGUGCUGUCACAGAGAAGGUGUCCUUGGUGCUCUCAGCUCUCCAGGCUGGGAACAAGGGGACCCAAGCAUGCAUCACGGCCGCCACUGCCGUGUCUGGGAUCAUCGCCGACCUGGACACCACUAUCAUGUUUGCAACAGCGGGGACGCUGAAUGCAGAGAACAGCGAGACCUUUGCCGAUCACAGGGAGAACAUUCUGAAGACAGCCAAGGCCUUGGUGGAAGACACGAAACUGCUUGUGUCAGGGGCCGCAUCCACUCCAGACAAGCUGGCCCAGGCAGCCCAGUCCUCUGCAGCCACCAUCACUCAGCUGGCAGAGGUGGUCAAGCUGGGGGCAGCCAGCCUGGGCUCUGAUGACCCUGAGACCCAGGUUGUGCUAAUCAAUGCCAUCAAAGACGUGGCCAAGGCCCUUUCCGACCUCAUCGGUGCAACCAAGGGAGCUGCCAGCAAGCCGGCCGACGACCCCUCCAUGUACCAGCUCAAGGGGGCCGCCAAGGUGAUGGUGACCAAUGUCACCUCCCUCCUCAAGACUGUAAAGGCGGUAGAGGAUGAGGCCACCCGGGGCACCAGGGCGCUUGAGGCCACAAUUGAAUGCAUAAAGCAAGAGCUCACGGUGUUCCAGUCAAAAGAGGUACCUGAAAAGACAUCAUCACCCGAAGAAUCCAUAAGGAUGACAAAAGGCAUCACCAUGGCAACAGCCAAAGCCGUGGCGGCUGGGAACUCAUGUAGACAGGAGGAUGUGAUUGCUACUGCCAAUCUGAGCCGGAAAGCCGUGUCCGAUAUGUUGACGGCUUGCAAGCAAGCAUCCUUCCACCCCGAAGUCAAUGAUGAGGUGCGAACCAGAGCCUUGCGGUAUGGGACGGAGUGCACCCUCGGCUACUUGGACCUUCUGGAACACGUCUUGGUGAUUCUUCAGAAACCAACCCCAGAACUCAAGCAUCAGCUGGCUGCUUUCUCCAAGCGGGUCGCUGGUGCCGUGACUGAGCUCAUCCAGGCCGCAGAAGCCAUGAAAGGAACCGAGUGGGUGGAUCCGGAAGACCCAACUGUCAUUGCAGAAACAGAAUUACUGGGGGCCGCAGCAUCCAUCGAGGCCGCUGCUAAGAAGUUAGAGCAGCUGAAGCCAAGAGCAAAACCAAAACAAGCGGAUGAGACCCUGGAUUUUGAGGAACAGAUUUUGGAAGCUGCUAAAUCCAUUGCUGCGGCUACAAGUGCCCUGGUCAAAUCGGCCUCGGCAGCCCAGAGGGAACUGGUGGCCCAAGGAAAGGUGGGCUCCAUUCCUGCCAACGCCGCAGAUGACGGACAGUGGUCACAGGGACUGAUUUCUGCCGCCCGGAUGGUGGCGGCUGCAACCAGCAGUCUCUGUGAGGCAGCUAAUGCCUCUGUCCAGGGACACGCCAGUGAAGAGAAGCUCAUCUCCUCCGCCAAGCAGGUCGCCGCCUCCACGGCUCAGCUGCUUGUGGCCUGCAAGGUGAAGGCCGACCAGGACUCAGAGGCCAUGAGGCGGCUACAGGUAAUGGUCACUGAUGCUGGUGGGAAAAUACUCCUGUUGGAGCGGGCAGCAGGAAAUGCUGUGAAAAGAGCCUCUGACAAUCUCGUUCGUGCAGCCCAGAAGGCAGCAUUUGGCAAAGCCGAUGAUGACGAUGUUGUAGUGAAAACAAAGUUUGUGGGGGGCAUCGCUCAGAUCAUUGCCGCCCAGGAAGAAAUGCUAAAGAAAGAACGAGAACUAGAAGAAGCAAGGAAAAAACUGGCCCAGAUCCGCCAGCAGCAGUAUAAGUUUUUACCCACGGAGCUGAGAGAGGACGAGGGCUAAGGCCAGAACCACGGUGGGAGCCCCAGGGGAUGGCUCUGCCUGAACGGGACAGACUGCAAAGCUGCCUGCCUCCCCCUGGGGCGAGUCUGGAGCCCUGAGCGCUCGUUCUCGCGUGUGUCCUGUUGACACCAGCUGCAUGAUCGUGAUGUCACACGGUACAGUGUCCCACCCACAGCUCCUCCGCCACCUCCCCUCAUGCCUCGCUGUGUCUCAGGAGAGAGGGGUGCACGUUUCGUGGACUGUUACCAAAAAAGAGAAGUCAGUAUUAUGUCAUUCUCAGACACUCUUCUUCUGUUGGUCCUACUCUGGGCCUGCUCCUGGGCCUCUCUGUGAAAUUAUACUAGGAAAAAAAUAUAUGACUUGGAGGAAGCCACUGAUGUCAUAGAUACUCUUCUUCCCCUCAGGAGAAGACGGAAGUUGGAGUUGGACAUGGUUAAUAAAAGCCAGAAACACAUGCCCAUGUGGCCUCUGGGAGGGUGACCCAGGUCCUCCUUCCGUGUCUCGAGCACUGGCUCACACGGGAUGAAAAACUCCCACUCUGUUGUGCACGCUUUCUUGCCUCAGUGUGUAAGCUCUUUGUACAAUCUAAACCCGUCUUGUAUUCCAUGGCUGAGAAAACUGAACGAUUAUUUUUUUUUCCUCCAUAAUCCAAAGGGCAGAGUUGUGGGAGGCUGUCAGGGCUUGGCGAGCAGGGGUUGUAAUAAAACACGUGGGCUCCGUA